AUGCCAGAACCAAUUACACUUGAACCUGCCUCACCACGACAUAAAAAAUCGCGGUUCACUCACAAUGAACAACAAGAAGCUGGGCUCAAACCACCGCUCGUUUCACGGGUUUCCGCUCCUCCAGCCAUGGAAUGCACACAAGACAUUUGUGGUGAAGAAACACAACAGCAACGGCUAGUGUUGAAUAGAUUUAAUCUGUACGAGACAAAAACAAAUUAUUACAUGAUUGGCUCAAAUCAAAGUGACAAUCGGUUUCGCGUACUGAAAAUUGAUCGAACUUCAUUAACAGAACUAAAUGUCACUGAAGACGAAGCGAUUUAUUCGAAACAAGAGGUCAAUGAUAUUUUGAUGAAGCUUAAAGUGGGAAAUAAGAAUUCUGGCGGAUUGAAACAUGUGCUAUCUGCUGAUGGGAUUGUUGGUUUUAUCAGAUUUACCGAGGGAUACUAUAUAUUACUGGUGACGAAAAAGAGUCCGGUCGCUUUGAUUGGUGGACAUUAUAUUUAUCACAUUGACGAUACAGAGCCGUUGAGCAUUAGCCCACAAAAUAAGCCAGAAAAGAAUUCUGAUGAGCAAAGAUACAUCAACACAUUCAAGAAUGUUGAUUUGACCAAAAACUUUUACUUUAGUUAUACAUACGACAUCACACACACUCUACAACACAACAUGACCAGAACUUCGAAUCGUCUCGAUUUCUCGUAUAAUGAAAUGUUUGUCUGGAAUCAUUAUCUGCUCGAGACCGGGUUCAAAUCAUUGAAAAACAAUUCUGAUUGGAUAUUACCGAUUAUUCAUGGGUUCGUGGAUCAGUCAAAAAUAUCGAUUUUCGGUCGUAAUAUAUUUGUGACAUUGAUAGCACGUCGAUCAAGAUACUUUGCUGGCGCAAGAUUCUUGAAAAGAGGUUCAAAUGAUCAAGGCUAUGUAGCAAACGACGUGGAAACGGAGCAAAUAGUUUCAGAAAUGAAUACAACUUCGUUUCAUUUCUCUGGUACUCGAUUGUUUGAUAAUCCACAUUACACAUCGUAUGUACAGCACCGAGGAUCAAUACCGUUAUAUUGGUCGCAGGACGCUACUAAUAUGGUGCCGAAGCCGCCUAUUCAUAUGAACUUUAAUGAUCCAUUUUUUGUCGCGGCUGCACUACACUUUGAUAACAUGUUUAAAAGAUAUUGCGCACCAAUAAUUGUCUUGAAUUUAAUAAAAACAAAAGAGAAAAACAAGCGUGAAUCCAUACUAGGCGAAGAGUUUGUACAAUGUGUAGAUUAUUUGAGUCAAUUUCUCCCCGAAAAGUCUAUUAUUUAUAAAGCGUGGGAUAUGUCAAAAGCAAGAAAAAGUGCCGAAGAUGUAAUUGAACUCUUAGAGAAUUAUGCUGAAGAAUUUGUGGCAGAUACUGGAUUUUUUCAUAGUGGACCAGAACCCUACAUAAAUAUUUUAAGAAGAGAGGAAAGUGAAAAGAAACCACAAGCUCGACGAAAACAGCUUCGUCAGAAUGGGGUUGUACGUACAAAUUGUAUCGAUUGUUUGGAUAGGACAAAUGCAGCGCAAAUGAUGAUUGGGAAAGUAGCAUUAGGACAUCAGCUGUAUGCAUUGGGUGUUAUUGAUCAUCCAUCCGUUCCGGUGGACUCGGAUGUGGUUAAUAUGCUUAGUGUUAUGUAUCAUCAUCAUGGUGAUACAAUUGCAUUCCAAUAUAGUGGAUCGAAUUUAGUAAAUACUUUGGCCGCGUAUCGUCACACUAACCAGUGGCAAAGUCAAGCACGGGAUAUAGUUGAGAAUUUGAGGCGGUAUUAUAAUAAUGCGUUUAUUGAUAAUGAAAAACAAGAGGCUAUCAAUUUAUUUUUGGGCAACUUUAUUCCGCAAAAAGAUCGUCCUCCUCUUUGGGCAUUACAGAAUGAUUACUAUUUGCAUAAUGAAGAUCCAAGAUUCAGACGAACAAAAAGAAGUUAUAUUAAUUGGUGGACAAAAGAUGCCUUAAGUCCACAUGAAGGCACAGAACUCGAUAAGACGCGAUACCAACUUGUACCCAGACUAGCGCGGCAAUAUGAUGAUGAAGGAGACGCGUAUGGCGGAUACUGGAUUGAAUAUUAUAAACCGAGAUUAUUCACUUCUUUUGCAGAUUUAUUUGCAAGUAAUAUGAAUAGUACGACUAAAUAUUUACCAAACAGAGUAAGCCCUGAAACGUAUGAUUAUAGCCCAUUUACACUAAGAUUCACACCAGCGACCAGGUAA